AUGACACGCGCUGCAGCAAUUUGUGUCGCGCACGGCGGAGGUCCCAUGCCUGUUCUUGGAGACCCUGGCCACGCUUCCAUCACCGCAUCACUCCAGAAGCGCGUGCCCAAGAUUUUAAAGCUCAACACACCAGACGCACCGAGAGCCGUUGUGGUUGUAACGGCCCAUUGGUCGGAAGGCGCACCAACCAUCUCAUCAGGGGAGCGCCAUGAUCUGUACUACGACUAUGGUGGCUUCCCGCGAGAGGCUUACUCACUCAAAUAUCCCGCUCCGGGAUCGCCAAGUAUCGCAAAUGAGUUGAAGCAGGCUCUCGAGAAGGAGGGUCUCUCACCGGUAAUGAACUCACGUCGUGGGUGGGAUCAUGGCGUCUUCAUUCCACUCCUCCUCAUUCACCCAGCCGCCGACAUUCCAGUCAUUCAGCUUUCAGUGCUGGCCUCUGAGGAUCCCGAGGAGCAUUUCCGCAUGGGUCGGGCCCUCUCAGCCCUGCGCGACACCAACGUUGCCGUCGUCGGCUCGGGUUUUGCUUCGCUUCAUAACAUGGGAAAGCUGCGGUCACUCAUGAUGGGAGACCCGUCAACGGCAAAGAGGAUCGGGACGCAAGUCAACGAAUGGAACAAGGAGUUGACGGGCGCCGCACUCCUAGAGAAGCGGGAAGACCGCGUCAAGGCGCUGUCCAACUGGCGCAAAUUCUCUCACAGUUACGAAAUGCACCCUCGCUACGGCGCGGAGCACUUCAUGCCUCUGCUGGUAUGUGCGGGUGCUGCUAACGACGAGGUUGGCCGGGAGUACAAUGACGACUUCCUUGGGGCGGAUAUCAAAACAUACUAUUGGGGAGAUCCGGAGAACCCCGACGCCCAAUGCUGA